AUGUCCACCGAAGUCAAGGUCGAGUACGACGCGAAGGGCAUGCCUUUCCGGAGGCUGGGACCCAGUGGUUUGCGGGUGCCGCUGUUCUCGCUUAGAAGCUGGCUCACCUUGGGCGGAUCUGUCCGUGGCGAUCCCGUCAGGGAUAUCAUCAAGACAGCCUUUGAUCAUGGCAUCAACAUGUUCGAUACUGCCGAGGGUUAUGCGGCCGGACGAUCGGAGGAGGAGAUGGGCAGGGUGAUUCGGGAACUGGGCCUGCGUAGGACGGAUCUGAUCAUUUCUACGAAAUUGUUCUGGGGACCGCAUAAGUCGCCAAAUGCCGCGGGACUGUCACGGAAGCAUAUCAUUGAGGGCAUGAAAGAAUGCCUCCAGCGGCUAGGGCUCGAUUACGUCGAUGUCAUCUUCGCCCAUCGUCCGGAUCGCACAGUUCCUAUGGAAGAAACUGUCCGGGCAUUUAACUACGUGAUCAAUCAGGGAUGGGCGUUCUACUGGGCAACUUCAGAAUGGUCCGCAGAAGAGAUCGAGGAAGCAUACCACAUUGCCGACAAGCUUGGUUUGAUGGGCCCUGUUGCGGAGCAAUGUAAACAUCACAUGCUGCAUCGGGAGCGCCCAGAGAAAGAAUAUGCCCCCAUCUACCGCAAGUACGGUACGGGAACUACGGUGUUCUCCGCUCUCGCUGGCGGUCUUCUGACCGGCAAGUACAACAACGGUAUUCCUCCAAACUCCCGUCUCGCUGUGGAGCAGGAGCAGCAGUUCAAGGAUCAGGCCGCGAUGCUCGCUACCCCUGAAGGCGAGCAGAUGCUGGCGAAGAUCAAGGCCAUCGCAAAGUUUGCGGAGAACGAACUGGAUUGCAAGAUCUCACAUCUCGCGCUUGCUUGGGUGGCGAAAAACCCCAACACCUCCACGAUUAUCCUCGGCGCGUCUAAGCCGGAGCAGAUCGUCGACAACCUCCGGGCACUGGAUGUCCUCCCCAAGCUAACGCCGGAGGUUGUGGAAAAGAUCGAGGCGAUUUUGGCAAAUAAGCCUGCUCCCCAGGCGACGUUUGGCCGCCCGCCACUUGAUCCAUUUGGUAGGCUGUAA